CGCCACYAAAUCAACGAAAGUGGACAAUCGGUGAAACGAAUCAAAACAAAACAAAACCGAGAACAACCAAUCCCUCGGAGCUAGCAAGCCGUUACACAGCAACAGCAACAGCAGCAACUACUACAAACAACGACAAACCACAACACAACAACCCGCACCACACACCACAACCAACUCUCCUAGCAACAACCCUAGCAACAACAAMAASAAGCAACCAUGGCGGAGCAAGUUCAGGCCGCCCUCGACCAGAUGGUCGAACCCCUCCGGGACCUGAUGGACCGGCACAUCYUCACCGAGGAGGAGAUCCGGGCCAUCGUGAACCGGCGGCGCGAGUCCGAGUACCUGCUGCGGAGAAGGGCGGCCCGAAAAGCGGACUUUGUGCGGUACAUCGAGGCGGAGAUGCUCCUGGAGAAGCUGAGAGGCCUCCGGACCAGCAUCCGGAAAAAGGACCACCGCAGGGCCCAGCGGGAAAAGGGGCUCGGAGACGACGAAAACGAAAACGAAAACGAAACCGAGAACAAGAGCAAGGACGGAAAGAAGCAGGACCACAUCGGCGACGCCCACAUCGUCCAGCACAUCCACCUGCUCUUCGUGAGGGCCAUCCGCAAGUUCCGGGGCGACCUCUCCCUGCACCUGCARCACGCGGAGUUCUGCAAGACGGUCAAGUCGUGGACCCGCCUCUCCCGGGUCUACGCCGAGGCCCUCCAGGUCUUUCCCCGGGAGGCCGGGAUCUGGAUCGAGGCGGCCUCGAACGAGUUUUUCGGGCCCAACCGGAGCGUCAAGAGCGCCCGGGUCCUCCUGCAGCGGGCCCUGCGGCUCAACGGGGAGACCAGCGAGGACCUGUGGGUCCAGUACUUUACGCUGGAGCUGCACUACGCCCAGACUCUUCGGGGGAGGAGAACGAUUCUCAACCCGGUGGGCGGCAGCAACGACAAUGACGACAACGACGACAACGACGACGACGACGAUGGCACGGACUACAACAAGAUUGCCAGGAUCGUCCUGCGAAACGCCAUUCGAUCGAUCCCGGGAUCCGUCAGGUUUCGGCUCAAGUUCCUCGAUGCCUGCAGGGAGUUCCCUGGUACCUCCGAUCUAAUGGAGUUCGUUCGGGACAGCAUGGCCAGGGAUUUUGCGGAAGAACCGGAAUCCUGGAUCGCCCGCGCCGUCUACMGGGCGGAGCAGGAGCGCAGCAAUGCCGACGGGACCAGCGAGCCGACGGCGAAGCGGGCCCGAAAGACCGGGGAAGCAUCCCCCGCGGGCGACGCAGCAGCUUCCGAUCCGGUGCUCGCGGUGCUCAGGGAGGCCACCGAGACGCUGGGAACGGACGARAUGCUUCUCCAGGCCUUUCGAUUCUCCGGGGACUACCGGAUGGAGCUGGAGCACAGCGGCACCGCGGGCGAGGAUUCUCUCGAGGAGGUCGAUCGCUUCGUCGACGGGAUAUGGAAGAAAGCCCGGGAGAAGCGGUCCUACAAAGCGUCGUCGGCGGAGCUGGCAAUGGAAGAGACCCGGUACCUCCUCGAAAGGGGCCGGGAGAAGGAGGCCCUGCGGACGAUCCGAACCUAUUGCACCGAGACCAAGCCCUCCGCCAGGAGCGAAAACCGUGUSGGSGCCGCGGCCCCGGUCGAGGCCUGGCUCCUGUGGGCCAGCCUUUCUYCGGACUCGCUCCGYACACAGACSAGCAUCCUGGAGCGGGCGCUGGGGCGGAUACCGAUGGACGAGCACCCGGACUACGUGGUGGCCCUCCUGCAAUUUCUCGGCGCGAGCCUCGAGACGGCCGGUGUUGGAAGCGCCAGCGAAGACGGCAGCGAUAGCGACAGCGACAGCGAAAACGACAGCGAGCAGUGGGAAAAUCAGGCUUCCGCGCUGUUCGGGACCCUCCAGAAGCUCCUGCUGCUGUCUCCCAAGACCAAGGGAGACGCAAUCGUCGAGCCCGGCAGCACCGGCCUGGACUUUGAGGUCACGGACGUCUUUUCGGCCUGCCGGCUGUGCCUGGACCGGUUCUACGACCGCUCCGGGAUAAAGGGGGCCCGGAAGAUCUACGAGGCGGUCCUCUUUCGGUCCAACGCCGCCCUUUCGCUCGGYGCCGAACACGCCGAGCCGGUCAAGGGCUUUGUGGACCGGUGCCUCGCGCUGGAAGAGGGRGAGAAGGAGGCCGCGASCGCAAAGAAGGAAAGCGCCAACACCUCGGCCAAGCAGCGGGCUUUCCUGCGGAGGCUCUACGACAAGGCCAUCGAGGUCUUUGCGGGCACGCCGCUGGAAGACUCGUACCGAGAAGACCGAAACGAACGUGCGAUAUUCGCGUAGCCAACGACGGAUCGAUCGGAACCACGCGAUGGCGACAACGAARCAGAAGSACGAGCGAAAAGUACGUAUUUGGAAGAGCCAGCCGACACCGGAAAAAAAAGCGAUAAAACCU